UGUCUUUGAUUUUAUGAGCAUAAAAGAAGAAACAAAGGAAAAAGAAAGUGGCUUUUUUUGGGUUGCAGUGGGUGUGUGAUUGGAGGGGGAUAUGGAUGUUUUUGUCUAUAUUGUUUGAAGCUUUGGCAAUAUUGAUCAAGGGAAAAGUGUGUUGCUUGGCUUUUCCAUCCAAGCUUCUUCUCCAGUGGGUUUUGGAAUCUUGGUGUUUGGUGUUUCUGACUGAGACAAAUGGGGGGAAUAUUCCAUCACAUAUACCAUUUUGGGGGUUAAGAGGAACCCAAAGUCAAUUCUUGGUGCUUGCUUCUGUUUUCCAAAAACUUCUAAAAACAAUAAUGAUUUUCCCACUUCUGUCUUACUUAGAGUACUUAUUUACAAUCUUGUCCUUCAUCCCUACGUAAUUGCACAUAUGAAUUUGGGACUAAGUGGGGUGGACAAUUUGCCCCUUCUUUUAGGUGCCUUUACAUUUGUAGUUGAAUGAUUUGAAUGAAUCUUUUGCUACUUACCUGUUUGUGUAGCAGAUGAGUUGCACAUAAACAGGUUUGCUACUGUGCAGAUUGUUACUUGUGCUCGAGAGUCAGACUCUUGACGAGUCGCAGCCAUAAGCUUGACUUGCUAUUUGUACAUUUUCAAACCUUGUAUAAAGUAUAGGACUGCAAAGAUAUUACCUACGUCCUUCAGUUUCGUGAUAAAUUUGUCUUAAAAGAGUUUUGAGUUUUAACUCAUAAUUUGAGCAUCGUAAUUGAAAGGAUUUUCUAGCUGCCUCCUGCCCUUUCACAUCUUUUGAAUGGUUCUUCGGAAUAAGGGGAUCUUCUUCAUUGCAAUUGAUGUAAACAAGCCACUUUCAGAUCAAGGACCCUUUGAUGUUGUUUUGCAUAAGUUGUCGGGAAAAGAGUGGUCCGAGGUUAUUGAGGAUUACAGACAAAAACAUCCAGAAGUAACUGUUCUUGAUCCCCCAAAUUCAGUAGAACAUCUAUACAACCGCCAGUCCAUGCUUCAGGAAGUGGCUGAUCUAAACUUGUCUGACUGCUAUGGCACGGUUGGUGUUCCAAAGCAGUUGAUUGUCACUAAAGAUCCAACAUCUAUUCCAAAUGAAGUUGAUAAAGCUGGGCUAAAGUUGCCUCUGGUUGUCAAACCACUGGUUGUGGAUGGUAGUGCCAAGUCACAUGAACUAUUUCUUGCUUAUGACAAAUGCUCCCUCUCAGAACUCGAACCUCCCUUGGUCCUGCAGGAGUUUGUAAAUCAUGGUGGUGUUCUCUUUAAAGUUUAUAUCGUUGGGGAAGCCAUAAAGGUUGUAAGGCGUUUCUCUCUUCCAAAUAUCAGUAAACGUGAACUAGAAAAGCUUGCUGGUGUCUUCCGUUUCCCAAGGGUUUCAUGUGCUGCGGCUUCAGCAGACGAUGCAGACCUUGACCCUAGUGUUGCUGAACUUCCUCAACGGCCUUUGCUAGAUAACCUUGCAAGGGAGCUCCGCCAACGAUUGGGCCUUCGGCUAUUCAAUGUUGAUAUGAUUCGAGAGUAUGGGACAAAGGAUGUUUUUUAUGUCAUUGACAUCAACUACUUUCCAGGUUACGGCAAAAUGCCAGACUACGAGCACAUAUUUACAGAUUUCCUACUAAGCCUUGUGCAGAGCAAGCAUAAGAAAAGACUCACUACGUAACCAGUGCAAGUACCCACUGUAUAUGAUGUUUCGCGCAGACAGAUGUAGGCCUCCUCGGAAUUUGGGGAACAUUCUCAUCUUGCUUUGGCGUCUUUAAUCACCGAUUGGUACGAAAUGCUCCUUGCUCAAGUAACACUCGCCUGUACAGAAGGUUCUUGCUGUCCGAGGCCUAUAAAUACUUGUGAUAUUUUAUGUUGUUGCUGGGCUUAGAAGUAGCAAAUGUCCCUCCUGUACGUGUGAAGGAUUCAGCCCGGCGACACCGCCCCCUCUACCGGAACUGUCUGUGUUAUAAAGCAAGUUCAAUAACAGACGAAUAAGAGAAGCUGCGUUGUCAUCUCUCCUACUCUUCGUCCGAAAAUUUACUUUCCGAUUCGAGUCAAUUGAUUAGAUGUUUUCUCAUCUCAUUGCCCCUCUUCCGACUCCCACUUCUCUGUCAGUAGGUUUCUUACAUGAAUUUUGAUAGAAACUGCUGCUCGGUAUACAUUACUUGUACUUUACUGAUUGAUUUUUGAAGUGGAAAAGAAUUGGAAAUUUGAUUAACA